AUCGCCGAUCAGUUUGGCAGCGACUUGUCAUAGUCAGUCGCGGUUACAUUUUGACAGCAGUAUUCGCCUCUUAUUUUUUUUUAAUUCAUUUUACGAAUUAAUUCAGCUUUAACAAUGAAGACAAUCAUUGCAGCAUAUUCUGGCGUAUUGCGAGGUACUGGAGCAAGUAUUCUCUCAGCCUUCCAGGAUUUACCAUCUAUUCCCUGGCCUUCAAACUCAAAGUUGGUGAAGCAACUGCAGAUAAUCUCUGUUCUUCAGUGGGUCAUUACCUUUCUUGUUAUGGGUGCUGCAUGUACACUACUUCUUCUUUAUAUGUUCUGUACUGACUGCUGGGUGAUUGCUGCUCUUUAUAUAGCCUGGCUUGUGUUUGACUGGAAUACCCCAGAAAAAGGAGGUAGACGUUCUGAAUGGGUCAGAAACUGGACAGUCUGGAAACACUUUCGAGAUUACUUUCCAAUAAGAUUGAUCAAAACCCAUACCUUGCUGCCAAGCAGAAAUUAUAUUUUUGGAUAUCAUCCACAUGGCAUUUUCUGUUUUGGAGCAUUCUGCAACUUUGGUACAGAAGCAACUGGGUUUUCAAAAAAAUUUCCAGGCAUUCGCCCUCACCUUGCUACCCUGAGUGGGAACUUUAGAUUGCCAGUGCUGCGAGAUUAUUUAUUAUCUGGUGGAAUUUGCCCUGUUAAUCGAAAGGCAAUAGACUACAUUCUCUCAAAGAGCGGAACUGGCAAUGCUGUAGUCAUUGUUGUAGGUGGUGCUGCUGAGUCUCUAGACUGCACUCCUGGGAAGAACAUAGUGACUCUGAAGAACCGCAAAGGAUUUGUGAAGCUGGCCUUACAGCAAGGUGCUGACUUGGUUCCUGUAUAUUCAUUUGGAGAGAAUGAGGUCUAUAAACAGAUUAUUUUUGAAGAAGGUUCUUGGGGAAGAAAUCUUCAAAAGAAAUUUCAAAAGAUAAUGGGAUUUGCACCUUGUUUGUUCCAUGGCUGCGGAAUGUUUUCUGCAAACACUUGGGGAAUUGUGCCAUAUUCCAUGUCAAUCAACACUGUUGUUGGUGAACCUAUAACAGUGCCAAAGAUUGAAAACCCAACACAAGAGGAAAUCGACCAGUACCAUGACUUAUAUGUACAUUCUCUUAUAAAACUGUUUGAGAAAUACAAGACCAAGUUUGGUUUACGAGACAUGGAUACUCUGGAAGUCUGCUAAGAGGAAAAAAUGUUUGAUAUUCAACUUGCUGCUCUGUUAAUAAGAUUUCCAUGGAUGUGUUUAAUCAUGAGUUAAGUGACUUUUUUUUGUUUACAGACCAUUAUGCUAUGAAUAGUUUAGUUAACCAUAAACUGGAGGUGGGCUGUUGAAUGGGGAAUGCCUGAUAGAGAUUCCUAUAAUUUUUCUAAAAUGAUUCCCAUAACAAAGUGUUACUUGUUUCGAUAUUUGUAAUAUAAUGGUUUCAUUGCUCCGAUUUUUAAUGCUUAAUAGUCUGCUGACUUUGUCAAAAUGUACGAGUGUUUAGACUAGAUAAACGGGUGUAGUGGAUUCAGAUUGUCUGGUUUUACAAUAUUUAAUGUAACAACAAAAUUCUGUUAUGGUGUUACUAGUUUUCAGUGAAAAUUAAGGAAGGUUUCUCUUAAGUUUAUUUUGCAUAAACAUUAACCAAAUUUUUCAAGAUUAGAGAAACACUGUUAAACAGUAUUUUGCACUUUUGAUAACCAUUAUAUAUUAGGUUAAUUGCACAGAUUCUAGCAUAUUUUUCUAUUUAUAAAAUGAGUGUAAACACACAGAUUGUGCAAUAUGAAGGUUUUUAAAUCCUUGAGGCAGCACUUGUAUGGUUAAAUUAGACCUAUAAUUUUUUUUUCUUCUAUAUUUGUACUGACAUGGUGCCAUUUGGUGAUUUUGUCAUAAAUAAAUAUUUAUGUAAAUUGUGUAGGAAUUUUUUUAAACUAGUAAAAGUACAAUAUUGCCACAGAUGGUAUUCUAUAUCUGUAUUUUCAAUAAUGUAAAUGGCUUAAUGUGCCUAAUGAAGGGUAGGGUGGGUUUCCAAUAGUUAAACACUAUUACAAAUGUGUUCUGAAUGUUUGAAGGGGUAGAAAUAACUGUGUUUUGUGUGCGUUUUUUGUUUGUUAAUGUUGUAUGCAUUUAAGAAAUUACAUAAUGUAUUUGUAUAUGCAUUAAAACUGUGAUUGUCUAUAUUUGAAACCAUGCACUUUAUUGCUUUUGUUUUUUGACCAAGGUGCCUUGUUGGUGGUACCUUUUAAAUGGUGAAUGAGAUUCUGGCAAGAUUACUAUCUUGAGAAACUACUGAAGUGCCUUUAUACAUAUUAGUCUGAAAUGUUUAUAUUUGCUUCAUCCAAGAACCCCAAUUGUAACUGUUUUAUAACUUUUUAAACGGUAAAGGGUUGUGUGUUUGGGUUUUUUUUUUUUUUUUUAUUAAAUGAAAAUUCUCAAUACAGUCAUGAAAACUUCAAAGCUUUGAAUGCUACAGUUAUUUGAUAAGAAUGGUGGAAUUCUUACUCUGCUGGAAAUGUUCACAAAAAGCAGCCUGAAGUAUUUAUCAAAGUAAUGGAUCAAUAGAGAGAGACCUGAUGUGCAGGUAAUUUUAUACGGGUUUUAUACCUUGAUUUUCAUGGUACUGUGUGAAUUAUGUUAAUAAGGAAUGUGCAUUUAAAGUACCAUUCAUUUACAUGAACACAAAAUUAAGAAUGCCAAAGUCAAAAAUCACUUCUUUUUUUCAAUAUAGUAUUUGAAGAAACCUACUAAUAUUGUAAUUCAAAACUUUUGGCUGAUGUUUGUGAACAUCCUCUUCUGUAGUAUUAUCAGGGGUAAAUUUAAAAAUAAUUAAAAAAAAAAAAAAAAAAAAA